UUGAAAAGAAGGUAGUGGUGUAAGGAGUUUAUUCGUUGUUUUUAUAAUUUUUAUAAAUGUACAAUGGCUUUAGUUUGCGCUGCGGCGUCAUGUAAAGUAACUGUUAAACAUGGUGAAAUUUCAGAUGUUGCUUUUUUUCAGUUUCCUGAAGAUGAAGAUCUGUGUCGUAUCUGGAGUAUGCGGUCAGCAAGAUAUGACUUGUUAGGAAAAAUAAGUUCUGAAGUUCAUGCUACAGAAUACUUGUGUCAUCUUCAUUUUGAAGAACAUGCAUUUGAGAAAACGAGUAUGGGUUUUAUACUCAAAACUGAUGCAAAACCUUCAUUGUUUAGUCACGAUAUGAGUGAAUUUGCUGCUCAGAUCGAAGAAGAACGAUCAACUAACUUGGAAAGGUUAUUUGUUCGACCGGAGAUUGCUACAGUUCAUUACGGAACUUCGCAAGAAGGCGUCAACAUCAUCACGUUCCAUGUUGAGGUCAACCACAAAGGAAAUGGAGAUAGCACUGACAUUCCUGCCUCUCCGAGUGGCUUGCACAAGCUGGAGAACGGUAUCUACUUGGAGCCGGGCUUGUUUAUACACAGCAAGGAACAGGAUGUGAGCAGCGGUGAGUUUGAGAGCGAGGCGAAGGCGCUGGGGCAGGACCAGGACGUGCCCGCGUGCGUGCUGGAGAAGGGCGUGCAGGCGGCGGGCCUCGGGGUCCAGGCGGGCGCGUCGGGGCCGGGCGCGGACCCUGGCGAGCCGGGGCAGGCGGCCGCCGGCCCGGGCCAGCUGUGCCGGGUGUGUGCCGGCCGGCAGGACGACCUGGUGCCCGUGUUCGAGGAGCAGGGCCUCGAGAUACGCCUCUCGGAGAAGAUACUCAUGCACCUGCCGAUCCAGGUGAAAGCAGACGACCAGCUACCUGACAAAGUGUGCUACAAGUGUGUCGCUCAGCUCAACUCUUGGCACGGUGUCGUCACAAUGUGUCUGAUGGCGGACAGAAAGCUGCGCAGGAUGUUCGGAGUGCCGGACAUCACGGAGCGCGAGGUGGAGUUACUAGCGGAAGACAAGAGAGUGCACAAACUUCCUGAUCACCAGAUUGACAAAACAAUAGAGUUCGUCAAGAAAGAAUUAUCGCUGAAUGACGAUUUGGUGGAAAGUGUUCUCACUCUGACUGAUACCCAGAGUGAGGUGCCCGUUUUGGAUGAAGUUAUGAAGAAUGAUACUGUCUUGGAGGACAGCUGCGUCACCUUGAAGAACGACAUGAACGACAUGGUUUCUGGUGGCAAGUACCAAGUCAGCAAAGUGGUGGACGUGUGCGUCGAAUCGAUGGACCCGGGGCAGGACUCCAAGACCACGUUCAGGAUGGAGCUGUGCAGAGAUGUGGAGAAGGACGGCUCGCAGUCCGGGACCGAAGGCGGGGAAGAGGAGAAAGAUCCCGUGGUGUGGAAGUGCAAGAUCUGCGGGCACGUCGCGGACGGCGUGUCCGGCCUGCUGGACCACGGACAGGCGGAGCACUGCUCCGUUCGUCGGGGCUGCCGUUCCUGCAGCGCGGUGUUCGACGGCCCCGCGGCCCAGUCCGACCACGAGUGCGGUCGCGGGCGGGACGCCGGCGGCAGGCUCCCGGCAAAGUUCGUGUGCGACGCGUGCGACAAGGGCUUCCGCCUGAAGAAGGCCCUGAGGGAGCACUUGCUGCGCGCGCACUGCGCGGAGUCGCCGUUCAAGUGCGGCGUCUGCCGCAAGACGUACGGCUCGCACGCCGGCCUGGACAUCCACGCGGCCACGCACUCCUCGGAGACGCCGUACCUCUGCGACGAGUGCGGGAAGAGCUUCAAGCACAUCACGAACCUGCGCGGCCACAAGCGCUCCCACCUGGCGGCCGGCCUCAAGAACACGCACGCGUGCCGGCUGUGCGGCGCCGGCUUCCGGUCGCGCUUCCACCUCUCGGAGCACCUGAACGUGCACGAGGGCAGGAAGCCCUACGCGUGCCAGGACUGCGGCAAGGGCUUCUCCAGGAAGAUACAGCUGAGGCAGCACAGGUUCUCCCACUCCGCGGCCCGGCCCUUCAAGUGCCACCUGUGCAGCGCCUGCUUCAACCGCAGCGGCAACCUCACGCAGCACGUCAAGAGGCACUUCAAGGAGAACAAGUUCACUUGCAAGGUGUGCAACUCUGCGUUCUCGACGAUGGGCGAAGUGGUGACACAUCGCAGGACGCACACACAGGAGGAAGUGGAGAGGAGCAUCGUUAAUUCAGUGGACGUGCCAAGUUUGGCAGAAAAACACAAGUGCAAGACAUGUGGGAAGAUGCUUGCAAGAAAAGAAUCCCUCGUUAGUCACAUGAGAAUGCAUUCUGGGGAGAAAAUGUUUGAAUGCAAGAUUUGUGGCAAAAAGCUUUCCAACAAAGGCUCUCUAAACUACCACCUGCGUUCUUUCCACACUGGCGAGCGACCCUAUGCCUGCCAGUUCUGCGGCGACUGUUUUGUGUCGAAGGAGUCUCGUGUGGUGCAUGAAAGAACACACACUGGUGAGAAGCCAUACAAGUGCCAGGUGUGCGACCAGGCGUUCCGGUGCGGCAGCAACCUCUACCAGCACGCCAAGGUGCACGCCAACGCGCGGCCGUUCCAGUGCCAAGCGUGCGGCAAGCAGUUCCAGCGCAAGGGCGCACUCAACGUGCACAUGCGCAUCCACACGGGCGAGCGGCCCUACCCGUGCGACCACUGCGGCCGCACGUUCGUGCAGAAGAACGACAUGCUGAAGCACCGCCGGACCCACCUCAAGGUCGCCGGCGGGGAGACCCGCCCCCGCGCCGCGCGGAGGGCCAAGGUCGACGCGACCCCGAGCGUGGACGAUCCUGCCGCUGUCGCCGUCGUCUCCCCCGCGACCGUCGCACAGCCCCUGCUCAUCACGCACGAGUUGAUGGAGGAGUGCGCCAUCAGCAUGCCCAUCGGCGAGAACACGCACUCACUCAUUUUGCAGACGUACUAGCGCCCCUUCGAAGGAUUGAUUCAUCACCCCCACCGUCAUGUCUCGUGAUCCCGAUGUAGGUGAGGUGGGGCGUUUUGACCUUCAUUCACUCAGUGUGUAAUUUUUUUAGCCAACACCGAAACAGUGCAAGAUUUAGUCAACGUUAAAUAGUAAAAGAGUUUAUUCAGUUGCUCAUCAUUUGAUGGUAGUAAAUUAUUUUGAAACUUUGUCACAACAUUUCCGAAGGGACUUAAAAAAAAUUUCUUUAUGGUGUUGAGAACUAAAUAACAGGGGCAAAUCGUACUGGAAAAAAAAUGGUUUUGUGGAUGAACUAGUACAUAUAAUGCUGUAAACAAGUACGUCAUAACAGACAGGGACCCAAUGUGGUGUGUACCUGUAUCCGGUAUGUUGUAUUUUAACAGUUGUUUACCACUCGGGUACUGUAAAUUAAAGAGAAAAAUGGACAGGAACACGUGUACUCACAAGUUAGUGGUUGUAACAGUAUAAAAAAAAACAGUUUGCAAGUGCUUGUGUUGCUGUCUGUUUUCCUUUUCAAUCAUUAGUUACUUCCUCUAAUAUUUAAGCAAAUUUUCUGCUUUACUCUCUGUGUUUGGAGAAAUGAUGAUACAUCACAUUACCCUCCAGUUUUUGUGAUACCACACUUUUUUUUGUUUGUCUAAUUAUUUAUAUGGUAUUAUUUGUGAAGUUUUUUGUAUGAAACUGGCCAGCAUUUCAUGAUACACAUUUAUUGCUAUCUAUAAUACUACCUUGUUUAGUUACUGUAAAAUAAGGGGUGGCUACAGGCAGAAAUUCCAGUGCAAAAUCAUGGAAUUUCCGAACCUCGGAGAAAGCUGGGAAAUGCCAAGGAAUUUAUUUUGCGUUGCAGGGAUAAAGGUUAGUUAAGUUAGUUUGAUUUUGCUAUUAUUCCUUUUUAAAAAAAUACAUAAUUGUUUCUCAAGUUUUUGUUGGUUAUUUUAGGUAUCUCAGAAAUACUGAAGUUCAUAACAUGCUAAAUUCUACCAAAUUUCUUAUUCCCCCCCCCCCCCCCCCCUUUUUUUUUUAAUUAGCUAUGUUUAUCCGUACACAAAGCUUAAUCAAAAUUGGAUCUAUUUUCCUAAAGUUAAAAAAAAUGUGUGUACAAUCAGUGAAAAUAUAAUGGUGUGCUAUUCCGCAUCUAUAUCUGUCUCUAAAAUGUGUGACAUCACUGUGGAGCUAUUUAGCUAGAGGAGGUAUAGAGAAAUAUAACUUUGACUGUGUUUACAUUUUUUUUUUCAAAUAGCAACUUAUGUUAAAGUUCAUGCUAGUUUUAUUUCCACUAGAGAAGAGUAGAAGAACUGUUUGAUGCCUACAAUUAUAUUAAUUGCCUCAAUUACACCUCAAAAAGUGUUGUAUGUUUUCUUUCCUUGCAUCAAUCCGACCUUAGCACCUUAGGUUUCGAAUGUAGGAAAGCAACAAGAGCAAUUAAGUUUCCUCAGUGUAAGAGACAUUCAUUUGCAAAAUUUUUACUAAAGUUUUUGUUGAUACAAAUUUUUAAAGUUCUCAAUUUUAAACUUUUUUCCCCCUGCAGUUUUAAUUGCAAAUCUGCUACCCCACUGCACUGAACUUGGCUAACACACACACAUCUAUCUACCUGAAGCUUGUUGUCCGUAUUUAAAACAAUGGAGAUUUCCUAGCAAUGGUGCUAAAAUCAAGUUUGAAAAGUAGGGGUGUGACGUUUAUGCGUAAAUAAUUUUUUUUUGUUAGGUAAAGUUAUUCAUAAAAACAAAACCCAUUUAAACAAUAAUUAUCUCACAUAUUAUGUAAAAAUUUGAUUCCAUUUAUGGUGCUGAAAGAUUAAAAUUUAAUAUUUGUGAAUGUUAGUUAAUUUAUUGGUAUGACUUCUGUAGCCACCUUGAAAUAGCAAAAAUAUGCAAGUCAAGUUUUGUUUGAAUGAAAAAAAAAAAUGAAUCAAAAACUUGCUCUCCUAUAAAAUUGCAAUUUUGUUCUCCGGAGGUGGACACUAAUUCACCAAAUUAUUAAAAUAAUUUUUUGGGAGAUUAUGUACCUAUUAGCAUUAUUACAUAUUCUGGCAUGUAUGAUUAUUAUAAACCAAUUGUUCAUAAUAAUAAUAAUAAUAAUAAUAAUAAUUAUUAUAUUGCAUUUGAAGAAAUAUUUUUAUAAAAUGUACAUACAUAUAUGUACUUCUGUGUGUAAAUAAGGUUUAAGGUAGUUUGUUUUCUCCCCUACAAUUUAUUAAGCUGGAAAAUUGUGCUACGGGUUUUUUUUUUUUCCCCCAUUUGUUACAGUGCUUGAGAUUUUCUGUUUUUUGUUAUUCAUAUUUAUAUUUAUAUUGUAAGAUGUUGACUACAAUUAAUUUUUGCCAUUUUAUAUCUGUAUAAUAGUCAUAAUUUUAUGACUGCAAAUUUGAAUAUAUAUUACACCAAUCCCUCACUUAGCACGACUAAUUCGUUCCUAAAAAUGUUCGUGUUAAUCGAAAUCGCGUAUUCUGAAGCAUUAGUCCCCAUAAAUAUAAGGCUAAAUUAUUUAAUGUGUUCCAAGAUGUGUAGGGAAGUAAUCUUUACAUAAUAUAAAUGCGUAGAAUAAUACUUGAAAAUGCAUAUGUCAUAUCAUUUAUCUUUUUAAGCCUACCACCGAAUACGUUAGAUAAAGAAAACAUGGCACAGUGUAACGGGAGAUAAGUGGUAACAUAUUUACCGUCAGUCAGCAGGUUGGCUUGCCCCCCCAGGCGUGACCUUCAACACGCGCGCGCAUCUGUCUGCCUGCUGUUGCAAGCAGCUGGAUCCUUUGUUAUUACGUUUAAAACUUAACAAAAUUAAAACACUUUUAUGAAAUUAAGAACCGGUUUUAUAUAACUUUAAAACACACAGCCAUAUGUAAACAUUUAAUUUGUUAUGCACACCUCUUAUAAAAGCGGCUAUGUAAACAAAUCAGUUAACAGAUAAACAGAUUUAGAUUUUCCCUAGAGCACAAACAUAACAUUAAAAUACGGGUACACUCCCUAUUUAACGCGGUUGUCGGGGGACAUAACUUUUACCCGCGUUGUUACAUAACCGCGAUGUUGUGUUCUAAUAGGUCGGCAAGCACGCACAGUAUAGACGGCCCGCCUUUGUGCGGACUUUGCAUCCGCAGUUUCCACUAAACACGGGUGAAAAAAUAAAAAUAAUAAAUUUUAAAGAUAAAUAUUAAAUGUUGAAUUGUUUUUAUUUUUCCGCGUACCGCGCACAGUUAGUCGCACGGCCUACGAGCGUGCCACACGCCGCCAUACACAUGUGCGGCACACAAGCUGCUGCUGCCAGUCUCGUGGUGUUAGCCACAGUAUCUGCUUCGUCAGUGUCCGUAACAAUGUAAGUGCAGUGUGUGCGGUUACACACGAUUCUGUGGUCAAAGUCUUCUAAAAAGAAAGGCCGUAGUGAUACUUCAAACCGAAUAUGAAUCGCAAAGUACCGAGUUUGAUUGACAAAAUAAAAAUUCUAGAUUUACUUACAGAUAGCUUGUCUUUUGUAGAAGCAGGCCGCAGAUACAGGAAAAAAACGAUUCUAGCAUUCGUACAAUAAAAAAUAAAGAAUCGUCUAUCGUGUCAAGUGGUUAAACUUUAUUAUCCAUGCUUACAGUAAAUUAUAAAUGGUCACAUGUGGGAAACAAAAAUUGCGCCAAUUUAAUUUUAGCGCAAUCAGUGACGCCGUAUUAAAAACCGUGUUAAACUUUGUCUUUACUUAUUUCACCAAACGCUGUGUCGAGUUGCUGAGUGUGUGUGGCUCGGAUCGGCAAGUGUUAUAUUCCCCAGCCUCUGUUUAAAGGUCGGGAGACCGCUACACAUAAACAUUUCCGGGACUUGUUUACUACCUCACGGCAAAAGUGGUACAGUAUGGUUCACGUAAAUAUUGGACCACUGGGAAUUCCUGGGCAAAGAUUAAAAAUACGCUAGCCGAUUUACUUUACUAUUUAAUGUUAAAACAUUAUACCAAAGUAAAAAGAUGAACUUGUAUAAUACAAUGAAUUACCCAAUAAUAUUACGUCUGUAGGUUUAAGUUGUAACAAAACAUUUAUAUACAGAUGUCCAGUAAAGUACCAAUUAAGAUUCUGGAGUGGAAUUUUAAACACCGGACUACCUGAUUUUGCCUUGUAAGCAGCGACGCUGCUCAGUCAAGUGACUCAUGCUCUGCCUGUGUGCUGCGUGAACACAUUCCCUCCCCCAUUCCCCCUCGUGUUUCUGCCCGCUCUAAUCUCUACCUCUCUACAUGUUCUCGGCUAGCCUCUCCCUACCCAGCGCUUGCCGACAACCAAGCCUAUCCAACAUCAAUCCCCAGCCCAGUCACGCCGGAUGUCGCUGGACGGUGGGCUUUAUCAGGUCCCCUGUCCGAUGCUUCAUUUGUGAGAUAAAGCGACGUUAAGAACUAGUGUUUCAGAAAAUAUCACUGGGCUGGAUUGGACCAUAAUUUGAAAACCCUACAAGAUAGAGGAAUAAUGUACGGAGAUAUCUUGUUUAGAAUUUUACUGCGGACAUUUUCUACGCCUAGGCUUUUUUCUGCCCGAUGCUUAGUUUGUUAGUUACAACGCAAAAUUAUCCUAAUCGGCUGUCAACCAUUUAUUCCAUUAUUAUUAUUCAUUUCUGACUGGGGGACAUGGUUUGACCCGCGAUAUACCCGAUUCUGCGAUCAAUCGGGGCGCGAUAUACCGGGAGUUUACUGUAUGUACAAUAUGUACAUAUACAAAACAUAAAAGUUAGUUAAAUAUUUUCUGGGGUGAAAUUUACACUAUCAUCUUGCUUUUUUUUUAAAAAAACGUGUCCAAUUUCAUCUGCUUUGGUUUCUGUACGGUACGGCCUGGUCUGCAGCCGGGCAUCAACGGUAGGGCCUGGUCUGCGGCCGGACAUCAACAGUACGGCCCGGUGUUUGUUUAUCUGCGUGCGCAUCUCUUUCCCCUCGCAUUCCAAACCACUCUUCCCCCCUCGAAUUCCAUACCUGACGUCGCGUCGUUUCCGAGAUUUUUUUUAGCCUGUGGCGAUUUCGUGCUAACUGAAAUUUACAGACGUGCUAUUCGAGACUAGGGCAGUAAAAUUUACAUCGUGCUAACUGAAUUCGCAUUAAUUGAAGACGUGCUAUGCGAGGGAUUGGUGUAUUUACAUGUGUUAUGUACCUGAAACCAUAAGUUAUUUUGUGGUUGCUAGUUUUAUUAUAAUUGUUACCUAUCUUGUAAAACAUAAAGAUAGGUGUUAACACUGCGUGGUUAGGCACAAAGGUAGUAAAUAGCCAAUGGAACCUUUUAGAUCAUAGUGGGUGCUGAACUACUUACAUAUAAUUAGAGACAAAAUUUUAUGGUUUUAUUUUUAGUCUAAUUUCAUUGUUAAAACAUAAAAUUUUGGGUUUAUUUAAUACUGUUUUGUAAUACUUAAUCCACGAAAAUAGUGUAUUUGUAUGCUGCAUUUUUACGAUAAAAUAAUUUGUAAUAAAUUUGUGUAAAACAGAUACACUCUGAACAAUAAAAAUUUAUUGGCGUA